AUGUCUGAGGGGUAAAAAAAGUCAAAGAUCUCUGCAUCUCGCAGACUGGCCCUCAAGACCAAGAUGCUGAAAAUGGCAGCUGUGAUGUAUGAGAAGGAGCUAGAAGAGAAAAAGCGGGAAAGAGAAGUUACUCUGAAUGAGAGACUCCCUCAGCUUCAGCUGUCUGGUUUAUCCCUUCAGGACCUUCAGGCUCUGUGCAAAGAUCUGCACCACAAGAUCGAUGUUGUAGAUGAAGAACGCUACGACAUUGAUUCAAAAGUGUCCAAAAAUAACGCAGAGAUAGCCAACCUGUCCCAGAAGAUCAUUGAGCUGAAGGGUAAGAUGAAGCGACCUGCUCUCAAGAGGGUGAAGAUCUCCGCUGACGCCAUGCUGGGAGCUCUGUUUGGCACUAAAGUCAAAGAGUCUGUGGACUUCAAGGCCAACCUCAAGACUGUGAAGAAGGAGGAGGAGAAGAAAGAGGAGGUGACUGACUGGCGUAAAAACGUGGAGGCCAUGUCUGGCAUGGAGGGCAGAAAGAAGCUCUUCGAUGCCGGACAGUAG